CGGUCUCCUCCCCUCACGUGAUUUUCCCACUUAUUCUCCGCCCUAUUCUAGAUUAAAUGCGAGCGAUACAACAGAGAGAAUCUGCGAAUGAAUCUUUGAUUUCUCGUUUCUUCGAAGUUGCUGAGUGAUUUCGCGUGGAAUUAUUUUGACCGAGGCAGCUUCAUUGGGGUACUGGAUUUGAGGGGCUUGUUCUUACCAAGUAUUUAGGGAUGGCACUGGAGCCGGAUCAAGCUUCGAUUGACUCUAUUACCCUAUUUGUCGCACUCCUUAGCUCCUGCAUUGUGAUUGGUCACCUUCUGGAGAAAAAUCGAUGGUUUAAUGAGUCAAUAACUGCACUUGCUAUUGGUCUUUGUACCGGAAUUGUUAUUCUGUUUACCACUGAAGGAAGGAGUUCACGCAUUCUAGUAUUUGAUGAGGAGCUUUUCUUUAUUUAUCUUCUUCCUCCUAUCAUAUUCAAUGCAGGAUUCCAGGUCAAAAAGAAGCAAUUUUUCCGUAACUUUGCGAUGAUAAUACUGUUUGGUGCUGUUGGUACUUUGAUAUCAUUUGUUAUUGUGUCCAUAGGUACCAUGCAGUUGUUUAAGAAGUUAGAUAUUGGUUUCCUGGACAUCGGAGAUUAUCUUGCACUUGGAACUAUCUUUUCGGCCACAGAUUCUGUAUGCACUUUGCAGGUGCUUAAUCAGGAUGAGACACCUCUUCUGUACAGUGUAGUCUUUGGUGAAGGUGUGGUAAAUGAUGCCACAUCAAUUGUACUUUUUAAUGCAAUUCAGAAGUUUGACCUCUCUCACAUCACCCCGGGCAUUUUUAUGAAAUUCAUGGGGAACUUCUUAUACCUUUUUAUUACGAGCACAUUGCUAGGAGUAGGGGUUGGACUAAUAAGUGCAUACAUCAUAAAGAAAUUGUACAUGGGCAGGCACUCUACUGAUCGUGAAGUUGCUCUCAUGAUUCUCAUGGCUUACCUCUCAUAUAUGAUGGCUGAAUUGUUCAGUUUGAGCAGUAUUCUUACAGUGUUCUUUUGUGGCAUUGUUAUGUCACACUACACCUGGCAUAAUGUGACUGAAAGUUCAAGAAUCACCACCAAGCAUGCUUUUGCAACAUUAUCGUUCAUAUCAGAGAUUUUCAUCUUCCUAUAUGUUGGUAUGGAUGCUUUGGAUAUAGAGAAGUGGAAUGUUGUUAGCAAAAGUCCCGGAACAUCUGUGGGGGUUAGCUCUAUACUUCUUGGCCUAGUUCUAGUUGGAAGGGCAGCUUCUGUAUUCCCUCUAUCUUUUAUAUCCAAUUUAUUCAAAAGGACUGAGAGGGACAAAUUUACUUUGAAGCAACAGGUUACUAUAUGGUGGGCAGGGCUCAUGCGAGGUUCUGUAUCUGUGGCGCUUGCUUAUAAUCAGUUUACUCGAUCGGGGCACACUCAAUUGCGAGGAAAUGCCAUUAUGAUAACAAGCACCAUCACUGUUGUUCUUUUCAGUACUGUGGUGUUUGGAUUAUUGACGAAGCCCCUAAUAAGGUUGCUGCUGCCGAGCAAGAACCUUAGCAACACUGCAUCCUCUGACUCUCUUGAUCCUUUUCCUCCAAAGCCAAUGGCAGAUCUGCCACUUAUUGCCAACGGGCAAAUUGCAGAUGAUGAGGCGGGUAAUAACAUUCCCCGUCCAAUCAGCCUCGAGGAGGGUAACGACAACAUUCCCCGUCCAACCAGCCUGCGUAUGCUCCUAGCUACCCCGGCUAAUACUGUCCACUACUUCUGGCGGAAGUUUGAUGACAGCGUCAUGCGUCCCAUGUUUGGUGGGAGAGGUUUUGCGCCAGUUAUUCCUGGCUCACCUUUAGAACCACUUCUUCACUGAAUUUUGCACCAGGAAAAGAUAGUUGGAUUUAAGGAUCUGCCUAGUGUGCGAUAUUAUAUAUAUAUAUAGUAUUCACAUUGCUUGUGUAAAUAUUAGGUGGAAAUCAGA